CAGCAGACAGCAGCCUCCCAGCCUUCUUCUCUUUAAUGCCCCUGGGUGGGGGGAUCUCUUAAAGCAACACGUAGAUGCAGAGACGUCCUUCCAGAGUGGAUCUGAGAGGUGAUUAGGAGUGACAGAUACAGGACAGAUCUGUUUGCAUUCACCAGGACAGAUAAGCCCUGUCUUCCUCCCCAUCUCUCUCCUGUGGAUUAUAAUGUCACGGAUCUGUGUGUGUAAAUCUCCUUCCACCGCAGUCUGGGGGCUGAAGCCGUCUGUGGAUAUCGCACUUAUUCUGGGGAAGAGCCUCUAAUCUGCUGUGAUUUGUCUGUCCCCCUCCCCAUCAACUUUAUUGCUUGGGGGUCUUUACUAAAUUAAGGGGGCCUGUGCCAUGGAGAGUUGCGAUGUGUGUAUUAUUGUUUGCCCGAUGGAAAUACCCUGCGUCUGUGUGAUAGGAGCAUGAAGCCAUCAGGAUGGGAGCGAACAGUGGCAAAUACGGCAGUGAGGGCAAAGGCAGCUCAAGCAUCUCAUCCGACGUGAGCUCCAGUACAGAUUACACACCGACUAAAGCACUGAAGAAUGUGGCUACCAGUGAAGACUCCGACUUGAGCAUGCGAACGCUCAGUACUCCGAGCCCCGCACUCAUAUAUCCACAGAAUAUACAUGGCUUUCAGAACGGUAGAGGAUCAUCCACUUCAUCAUCGUCAAUCACUGGGGAAACAGUGGCAAUAGUUCAUUCUCCACCACCAACACGCCUGACCCAUCCUCUCAUACGUCUCGCUUCUAAGCAUCAAAAAGAGCAGGCAAACAUUGACCGAUUGCCGGACCAAUGUAUCAUCCAAAUUUUUUCUUUCCUACCCACAAAUCAGCUAUGCCGCUGUGCUCGAGUUUGCAGACGAUGGUAUAACCUAGCAUGGGAUCCCCGACUAUGGAGGACUAUAAGAUUGACUGGUGAAACAAUAAAUGUGGACAGGGCGUUAAAAAUACUGACCCGAAGACUUUGUCAAGACACCCCCAACGUCUGUCUCAUGUUGGAGACAGUAAUUGUUAGUGGCUGCAGGCGGCUUACAGAUAGAGGACUUUAUAUAAUCGCACAGUGCUGCCCAGAACUGAGAAGACUUGAGGUUUCUGGCUGUUACAACAUCUCCAAUGAAGCAGUGUUUGAUGUGGUAUCAUUAUGUCCAAAUUUGGAGCAUUUAGAUGUAUCAGGUUGUUCUAAAGUGACAUGUAUUAGUUUAACCCGUGAAGCUUCCAUCAAGCUGUCUCCAAUGCAUGGAAAACAGAUCUCUAUUCGAUACUUGGACAUGACAGAUUGCUUCGUAUUAGAGGAUGAGGGUCUUCAUACAAUUGCAGCACACUGUACCCAACUAACUCACCUAUACCUACGUCGCUGCAUACGCAUUACAGAUGAAGGUCUCCGAUACAUCAUGAUCUAUUGUACAUCUAUCAAGGAACUGAGUGUAAGCGACUGCCGCUUUGUAAGUGACUUUGGUAUGCGUGAGAUCGCCAAGCUGGAGUCACGUCUGCGGUACCUAAGCAUAGCCCACUGUGGCCGGAUAACAGAUGUGGGCAUCCGAUACAUUGCCAAGUACUGCAGUAAGCUGCGCUACCUCAAUGCACGAGGAUGUGAAGGUAUCACAGAUCAUGGUGUGGAAUACCUAGCAAAAAAUUGCACAAAACUGAAAUCUUUAGAUAUUGGGAAGUGCCCUCUAGUAUCUGAUAUUGGCUUGGAGUUCUUAGCCUUGAACUGUUUUAACUUAAAACGUCUGAGUCUCAAGUCUUGUGAGAGCAUCACGGGCCAGGGGCUACAAAUCGUUGCUGCCAAUUGCUUUGACCUUCAGAUGUUAAAUGUACAGGAUUGUGAAGUCUCUGUAGAUGCUCUCCGGUUUGUCAAACGCCACUGCAAGCGCUGUAUCAUUGAGCAUACCAAUCCUGCCUUUUUCUAAGUGAGCAUUUACCGUUGUCAUUGUUCUUGCCAUAACCCUAUGUGUGCCAAAUGGUUUUGCAACAAGUCGUAUGCAAGUGAAUGACUCAAUCCUUCUGGUACCCAGAGGGUUAAUUUUAGAGAACUGUAUGUAUGUUUUCUAGAAUAAAUAGUUAAAGCGUAAAUACACAAGUAACAAAUUAUCCCUAGCGGGUUCAGCUUUUUGUAUUGUCUGAUAUGCAAACAAAUGUCUUUUUUAUAAUUAUUUUUGUCUACAACUGAAAUAUUUAGCUUCAGAUGCAUAAUGAACAUGCAUUAUUCCAUUAAUGCAUAAAGUAUGUGUAUGGCGUAUAUAUGCAGAUGAAAGUAAAAGAGUUGUUUUUUUUUCUUUCCCAUACCUUUGAAUACCAUUAUGUAACAUGAAAGAUGUUUCUGUUUAUUGCUGACCAUUUUGUAUGUUGUGUGAAACCUGCUAAUUAAAAAUAUCACUUGUUUUCAUCUGUAA